AUGCUUCCCCGUCACACCCACAACAAGAUAUUCGCUUCCGGCAAGCCCGUUGCCAAGGGUUUGCAGAACCGCAAUAUCGACUUUUACGCCUCGGCCCAUUUUACGCCCGACCGCAUUGCGCCCAGCCAGCCCCGCGAGAUCAGACCCAGUCCUAACCAUCAACCCCACCCGCCACUUGUGACACCUUUAGACCGUCGGGUCAUGAGUCCCUGA